AUGGAUAUUCCCAAGGCGAAGAAUACCAAGAAGAACGUGUUCUUGAAAACAUGGGAGAAAUGUCGGUCAAUGAGUAGUACCAGCCGAGCUGACAAAUACCAACAACCAAACGAGGCUUUAACGAAGAGCAAGUCAUGUGCGCAGUCGGGAUCACAAGUGGCGCCCGGAGGAUGUUUCUCGGUCUAUGUAGGACCGGAGAAGAAGAGGUUCGUGAUCAAGGCUAAGUACGCGAACCACCCUCUGUUCAUGAUGCUUCUUGAAGACUCGGAAAUGGAAUAUGGCUAUAGUAGCCAAGGACCCAUAUUGCUUCCUUGUGAAGUUGACCUUUUGUAUAAGGUACUAGCCGAGAUCGAUAAUCAAGUUCAUGAUAACCAUCUCAAGUCUCGUGACAAGAUCAUGAACCACUCCGGUUAUGGCUACGCCGCCUCUUGCAGCCCUUUUAACCCUUCUCGCCGCCGCAUACGUCAUGAAGGGGACAUGGCAUCUGGUGGGUAUGGCUCUUAUGGGUUGCUCUCUUCUCCGAUGCUCAAGUUGAAUUAA